CCAGUACCCAUCGUCUCUCUUCUUUAUACUGAAUAUUUUUCUUCUAUCUUUCUUUAUUUUCAUUUCUACUGCAUAUGCCAUGGAUUUGUUACAAGUUUCUCAUAAUCGAUCCUACUUACCUUUCAACAAAACAUGACUUCUAAUUAUUCCUUCAUUCUGUUGCUUCCACCAAUUUGGAAAUUGAGAAAGAAGAUUCGAAGAGCAAAGAGGUAAACCGGCUUCCUCCUGUGAAUGCUUUCAAGAUUCGACGGAAAAGAAUAGGCAAGUUUGAGAAGACUUCCCUGUAAACAAUGUUUCGGGUGUGCCUUUUGUAUUGUUGGUUGGAAUCAUCGAUGAAGAAGUGUAAUCCUUCUGGGGAAGUUGUUCGAGAUGCAGCCACAUACAAUUGGCCGUGACUGAAAACGGGUUUUGGCAGUGAUGAUGGUAUCAAUGUAUUGAGGAGAAAAUUGCACCUCGUCUUGUUGGAGCCAUAGCAAGAUGUGUGCAUGGGCUGCGCAAAAGACGGGGGAUGUUCUUCAGCAGGAAUUCUGGUGGAUCUUUCAAUCUAGGCAAUCGGACCUUACCCUCAUAACAACACAAAUUGAAUCUUAUGUUGCUCCGGGUACUUGUGCUUUUAACUCUCUCAUCGUACCACAUAAUUGCGCCACAAUUUGUGCACUUGUAUUCUGGUUCUCCCAAGCUGAGAUAUGUAUGUCUUGUACCUGGAACAAUUCACAAAAUCUAUCAUUUUUUCAAUUGUUGUCUAUUAUCUCAAUCUAUCUUGGUUGGUGCGUACAUCCUAUGAUCUUAUGUGCACAAUAUGAUCUGCCAUUGGCAGAUAAAACCAAAGAUAAACAAUGAAGGUAUGUAAAGAAGGCAUUAAUGGCUAUGAGCAGAAGCUUCCUGGUUCUAGAAUAUUUGUCAUCAU